UCAAGGUUGGCAUCUUGUACCAUUCUCCAUUUAAUAUCCACCAAGUCUCAAUUUUGAAACAAACCCUUUCUCACUAACUAUCUAAUAAUCAAGAGACUAUGUCUACAAUAAUGAAAGAAGUGGUUCUGUUAAGUGAUGAAGAUAGCUACAAUAGAGCCAAAGAAGUUCAAGAAUUUGAUGAAACAAAAGCAGGAGUGAAAGGACUAAUAGACUCUGGUAUUAUCAACCUUCCAAGAUUCUUGAUCCAUCCACAAGAGACUCUUCCAAACUAUGAUGCAACUUCUUCAUGCUUAUUUCAAGUACCUGUGAUAGAUUUCACAGGACAUGAAAAGUGUAGAAGGUUAGAGAUAAUCAGUGAGAUUAAGAAAGCAUCAGAAACAUGGGGUUUCUUCCAAAUGGUGAAUCAUGAUGUUCCAGUUAAUGUUAUGGAUGACAUGUUGAAGGUUAUAAAAGAGUUUCAUGAGCAAGAUAAGGAAGUGAAGAGAGAGUGGUACUCACGUGAUCAUAAGAUGAAAGUUAGAUACUUUUGUAACGGUGAUCUUCUUGUUGCUAAAGCAGCUAAUUGGAGGGAUACCAUAUUGUUUGAUUUUCAAGAUGGUCCUCUUGAUCAACAAGCAUACCCUCUAGUGUGCAGGGAAGCAGUGAGCAAAUACAUGGAACAUGUUCUAAAACUAAAGGAAAUAUUAUCAGAAUUACUGUCGGAGGCAUUGGGGUUAAAGAAGGACUAUCUUGCAAAUAUAGAAUGCAUGAAAAGUGAAAUAGUGGGGUGUCACUAUUACCCUCCUUGUCCACAACCAGAAUUAACAUUUGGUACUACAAAGCAUUCAGAUCCAUCAUCCCUCACAAUUCUCCUCCAAGACACCAUUGGUGGACUCCAAGUUCUCCAUCAAAAUCAUUGGCUUGAUAUUACUCCAAUUCAUGGAGGAUUAGUGGCAAACAUAGGUGACUUCAUGCAGCUUAUCAGCAAUGACAAGUUCAAAAGUGUUGAGCAUAGAGUACUUGCAGGAAGUGUUGGACCAAGGGCAUCGUCUGCUUGCCACGUGUACCCCGACGCGUGUCGAAGAUAUCGACCGAUAGAGGAGUUUACGUCCGAUGAAAAUCCGCCAAAAUAUAGAGAAACUGAUAUUACUGAAUAUCUCACUCGCUUCAGAUCCAAAGGGCUUGAUGGACAUAAAACCCUCCCUUGUUUUAGGCUAUAACUUUUUCUGAAAUAAUUCUUGGUAACAUUUUUAGUCUGUUUUGUUUCAUUCUAAGAAAUUUAUCUUUUGUUAACACCAAAAUAAUUGAUUCAUGUUUAAAGUACUCUCCAUAAUUUAUAUAUUGAUAUAAUCUGUAAAAAAAGUGUACAUUACAUAAGUUAAAAACAGUGAAACAAAUUAUUAUAGUCUUUAACUCA